AUGAAAUCUCUUUUGAUGAGAACCGGUUCGAUGCCGGUUCAAAACCGGUUUAUUCCGUGUGGAGGUUCGUCCCGGAAGUUGACGACGCCGACAAUCUCCAGGCACAACUCCGUCGAAUCAUUACCCGGAUUCGCCAGCGGGAAGAUCUCGAUCGAGGUCAAGGCUUCUAAGGUCGGGAUGCGGAGAGUGUUAUCGGAGAAUGAUGUGAUUAGAUCUGAGAGAAUCGUGAAGAGUGUUGGAUCUAAGCCUUCGCCGCCGGCGAAAAUCCCAGAGGAUGAUGAGGCGGAGGAGAAUAAUGAGAUCAGUUUCUCCGAUGGUUGGGGCACUUUGGUUUGGAAGGAGGAGCAAGGAUUCUCCGGUGGUGGUGGUGGAUCUGGUUACAGCGGCAAAGGAAACGGAAACGGAGGAGGCGGUUACGACGAUAGGAGCAGGAUCGGCGAUUAUUAUCGGGAGAUGUUGAAAUCGAAUCCAAACAAUUCACUUCUUCUGAUGAACUACGGCAAAUUCUUGUACGAGGUGGAGAAAGAUUCAGAGAAAGCUGAAGAAUACUACGGAAGAGCAAUACUUGAGAAUCCAGGAGAUGGUGAGGCAUUGUCCAUGUAUGGAAAAUUGAUAUGGGAAACGAAGAGAGACGAGGAAAGAGCUCAAGGCUACUUUGAUCAAGCUGUUAAUGCUUGUCCUGAUGAUUGUAUGGUUUUGGGAUCAUACGCACAUUUCAUGUGGGAAGCAGAGGAUGAGGAAGAAGAAGAAUCGAUGGCUGCUUCACCAGCCAUGGUUUCUGCAGUUUAG